AUGGCAUCCUCAGACGCCUACACCACCGCCCUAACCAGGCUCUCCCACCUGCAAUCAAACCGCGCCAUAACAUCCCUGUUCGAAACUACCACCCCAGCGGCCACAACAGGAGGAAGUGGAAGAGGAGGAGGAGCGGGAGGAGGAGCCCUCAACGCCCUGGCCAUCCCGGAGAUGCUCGCCUGGCUCGCCCGCGCAGGCUAUACCCCUUCGUCGCUGGCCGGGUCCGGGUUGCGGUGUGUGCACGUUGCCGGGACCAAGGGCAAGGGGAGUGUUAGCGCCUUUGUCGCUUCUAUUCUCUCUCAAUACCUCACCGCAGCAGGAAAGGAAGAAGAAGUGGCCGGGAGUAAGGUGGCAUUAUACACCUCGCCGCAUGUGCUCUCCGUUCGGGAGAGGAUUGUCCUCGACGGGAAGAUCAUCUCGCGCGAAAAGUUUGGGCGGUAUGCGGUGACGGCCGCUGUGAUUACGCAGCUUGGGGUCGAUCAUGUUAGCAUGCUCGGGAACACGGUCGAGAAGAUUGCGUGGCAUAAGGCUGGGGUGUUCAAGGAGGGAGUGAAGGCGUUCACGAGGAGUUUGCCGGAGCAGAAGGGGGUGAUGGAGGUGCUGAGGGCACGGGCAAGGGAGAAGGGGGCUGAGUUGGUGGAGGUUGUAGACGAUGAGGUUGAGCGGUGGGGAGGGGUCGACGGAGCAAAGCUGCAGGGGCCGUUCCAGAAGUACAAUAUGGCGUUGGCGGUGUAUGCCGCGAGGGAGCACCUGCUGAGGACGGGCUUCGAACUCGAGGGGCGGUUUGGGACCGAGGACUGGUCACUGAGCGAUAUCCCGUCGCCAUUUGUGCAGGGGCUUAAGGAGGCUGCCCUGCGUGGGCGGUGCGAGGUUCUCAUAGGUGCAGACGGCAUCGAGUGGCAUGUGGACGGGGCGCACACGGACGACAGUCUCGCUGGGGUCGGGCGGUGGUUUGCGGGCAGGACAGCGGACGCGGCGAAAGACGGCGUCCGGGUUCUCGUGUUCAACCAGCAGGAGAGAGACCCGGACCCGUUGCUGAGGGCGCUGCUGGCUGGGCUUCAGGACGGUCGCCAACCGGUAUUCAGCCACGCCAUUUUCACGAGGAACGAGGAGCACAAGUCGGCUGAGGGAGAGGCCCGCGACAUUACCGUUCAGACCAAGGCGCAACAGACGAUGCGGAAAGUCGAACCAGCAACGAAAACAGUCGUGUAUGACGCGGUUCAACCCGCAGUCGAGCACGUCAGACACAUCGCGACCCAGGCGAGGAAAAACGGCAAGACAUGCAAGGUGCUUGUCACAGGGAGCUUCCACCUGGUGGGCGCCGUGCUCAAGACCAUCGAGCAAGUUGAAAACUUGUCUCCAAUCUAG